UUUCGCCGUGCCCACCACCAUUACUUUUAUAAUUAGAACCCAAACUCCUAGUUGAGGGUCCCGUCCCUGCGCAGUACGGACUUGGCCGCCGCUUCUGAACGACCAUGCCCGCGACGCUGCUGAUGUGGGUGUCGGUGGUCGCAGCGUCCGCGCUCGCAGCGCCGGCCCCCGGAACACAGGCGCAGGGGCUGCAGGUGCCCAACGUAGUGCUCGUCGCCAGUGACUCCUUCGAUGGAAGACUAACGUUUCAACCAGGAAGUCAGGUGGUAAAACUUCCCUUCAUUAACUUCAUGAAAGCACAUGGCACCACCUUCCUGAAUGCCUACACAAACUCUCCUAUCUGCUGCCCGUCACGUGCAGCAAUGUGGAGUGGCCUCUUCUCUCACUUAACAGAAUCUUGGAAUAAUUUCAAGGGUCUCGAUCCAAAUUAUACAACAUGGAUGGAUGUCAUGGAAGAGCAUGGCUAUCAGACACAAAAAUUUGGAAAACUGGACUAUACUUCAGGACACCAUUCCAUUAGUAAUCGUGUGGAAGCAUGGACUAGAGAUGUUGCAUUCCUGCUCAGACAAGAAGGCAGGCCCACGGUUACUCUUAUCCCUGACAAGAAUAGGAGGAGAGUGAUGGGAAAGGACUGGCUGACUACGGACACAGCAGUCGACUGGCUAAGACAGGAAGCAGUUAACUGUACCAAGCCAUUUGUCCUUUACUUGGGACUGAAUUUACCUCACCCUUACCCUUCACCAUCUUCAGGAGAAAACUUUGGCGCCUCUACAUUUCACACAUCCCUUUAUUGGCUUGAAAAAGUAGCUCAUGAUGCCAUCAAAAUCCCAAAGUGGUUGACUUUGUCAGAAAUGCACCCUGUGGAUUAUUACUCCUCCUAUACAAAAAACUGCACUGGGAAGUUUACUGAAGAGGAAAUUAAGAACAUUAGAGCAUUUUAUUAUGCUAUGUGUGCUGAGACAGAUGCCAUGCUAGGUGAAAUUAUUUUGGCUCUUCACAAGUUAGAUCUCCUUCAGAAAACUAUUGUUAUAUAUACUUCAGACCAUGGAGAGAUGGCCAUGGAACACCGCCAGUUUUAUAAAAUGAGUAUGUAUGAAGCUAGUGCCCAUGUUCCUCUUUUGAUGAUGGGACCAGGAAUUAAGGCCAACCUACAAGUACCAAAUUUUGUUUCUCUUGUGGAUAUUUACCCUACUAUGCUUGACAUUGCUGGGAUUGCUGUGCCUCAGACCCUAAGUGGAUACUCUUUGUUGACGCUGUCAUCAGAAGCAUCUACAAGUGAGCAGACAUUCCAAACCCACCGUCCACCUUGGAUUCUGAGUGAGUUCCAUGGAUGCAAUGCAAAUGCUUCCACCUACAUGCUCCGAACUGACCGCUGGAAGUACAUCGCCUACUCUGAUGGUGUGUCAGUGCAGCCUCAGCUGUUUGAUCUUUCCUCAGAUCCAGAUGAGCUAACAAACGUUGCUACAGAUUUUCCAGAAAUUACUCGUUCUUUGGACCAGAAGCUUCGUUCUGUUGUAAACUACUCUAAAGUGACUGCUUCUGUCCAUCAAUACAAUAGAGAGCAGUUUAUGUUGUGGAAACAAAGCGUAGGACAGAAUUACUCAAAUGUUAUUGCACACCUUAGGUGGCAUCAAGAUUGGCAAAAAGAACCCAGGAAGUAUGAAAAAGCAAUCGAACAGUGGCUCACUGCCGACUCAGGAGCAGUAGACUGUUGGGGUACACUGUGUGAAGGGUGGAACUUCUGAGAGAGAGAGAGAGAGAGAGAGAGAGAGAGAGAGAGAGAGAGAGAGAGAACGAACAGAGAUAUGCUGGGAGAGGAAGGCAAACGCAGGAGACUCACCAGUGGGCACGGAGGUUAGUGAACUGACUGCAGCAAAGCAGAGAGGUAGUGCUAGCCGCAUGACCUGACAUAAUGCAGGAUAAGUCGGGUUAAGCGAGAAAGCUAUCUGGAGUCUGCCCAGCAAAAGGCCUAAGCAUUAAAGAAUAUUAAAAGAUUCCAUGUCAUCAUUUUACUGCCAGGAUGUCCAAGAGAGUUUGCUGUAAUAGACAAUAAUAAAACUUUCUCAUUAUCUACAUGAAUAUGUAGAUAAAUAUUAAACUGAAACAGCUUUAGCAAUUGCUAAUUUUACUUACUUUGAAAUAUGUACUAUAUCUUAAGUGCCAGUGAUUACAGAACUACGUAUUUUCAAAACUGGUUGUACUAAGAUUUUAUUGUUUCAGAUCUCUGACAGUUUAAUGACAGAAGUAUUUAAAGGAUAAAAGCAAGCAUUCUUGUUGUUUCUCUGGGCAAUGUAGAAUAUGAACUAUUUUUAACAACUGUUGGUUAUCACUUAUGAUGCUUCAUGAUUUAUUUGUUGCUGAUGUAACUCUUUGGAUGUACUUAAUGUUAGAACUAUUUAAUGGGACUUAGACUGUGGGCAUAGCUGCGUUUAUUUCUUUUGUUUUAAAAAAAAAAAGAUUAUCUGCAAAAGGUAAAGCUUCAAAAGGCAGAACAAGACGCCUCCUUCCUUUCUCAGUCAGCUUCCUCUCAAGGGCAUAUGACUCCCGUUACUUAUAUCAUUUUGUGGACUCGCUGUAUAUUUGCCACCAACCAAAUUAAUAUAUUCUUUACACACAAUGCAGGCAUACUCACAAUUGGUAAUAUGCUGUUUAUAGUGUUUCUUCUCACAUAUUGUGAUUUGGCUUACUAUUUUCAAUUAACAAUGGAUGCUGAGAAGUAAAAUUGCUGAGCAAAAAUCUAUAAAAUUCUACAGAUUUUCCCCGAGUUACUUCUAAAGCAGUUCUAGUAGUUGUCCUUCCCACCAGAAAUGCACGCCCACACCUCUCAGGCCAAUAAAGAGCACAUAAAACAAAGAUAUUUUACCUUUAUUAGUUGUGAGUGCUGACAUUUUUUUCAUACAUCUAGUAAGCACUAGACUUUCCAACAGGAUGACCUUUUCUAUGUCAAUUAUUGGCUAUUUUCUCUAUUGGUUGUUAGCCUUGUCUUUCUGUUACAUGCAUGCUUUAGACAGUAUUAGCCUUGUGAAAAAUGAAAGAGGAAAAAAAAGGGCUAAAAAAGGGGGGGGUAGAGAUUGUUUAGUGGUUAAGAACACUUGCUACUCAACCCGAGAACUCAGAUUCAAUCACUGGCACCCACAUGGUGGCUCACAACUUGUCUGUAACACCAGUUCAGGGGAGCCAGUACCCUUUUCUGGCUUCUGGGGGCCCCAAGCAAACAUGUAUGUAAUGCCCAGACAUAAAUAUGGACCAAACACCCAUGCACAGAAAAUUUUUAAAAAUAAGCAAGCAAACAUUUUUAAAAGUACAAGAAUAUUUUUCCUAGUUUAUCUUUUGAUACUGACCUAGAAUUUUUUACAUCUAGAAAUUUGUAUUUUCUUGUAACAUAUUUAUAAAUCUUUGUAUCAAAUAAAGAUUAUGAUUUUUAAAAUUAAAAUUUUUAAAAUUAUGAUUUUAAAAUGAA